AACUUCUAACACACCACACCGCAACUAACACUUUCAAUGUGUUCAUGUUCAUGAUAAAAGCCCAAAUGUCAUCUUGAAAUUCAGCCAAAACACCAAAUACACUACAAAUAAAUGCUGUGAUACAUUUCUAACGUAUUCAUUCCACUAAUUCUCAUCACGCGAUGGAUUCCAAAGACAUUGUGCCCAAAGAUUUAUACCGCGAUACGCCAGUGCGAUAUCUCGGUUAUGCGAACGAAGUCGGCGAAGCAUUUCGUGCAAUAAUCGGCAGUAAAUUAGUCCUAGCCUCAUACGGCGUCGCAGUUCUAUACGUAUGCGCUGAUACAACAGAUAAAACAAUAAAAACUCACCAGGAAAAAUCCAACGCACCUAAUCGCAUCAUCCAAACAUCAUUCACAGCAGCAGAUACACUCAUCUGGCAAAUGUUGGCAUCUGUAGCUAUACCAGGCUACACCAUCAAUCGCAUCUGUGCUGGUUCGAUGUGGUUCAUGAAAAAAAACAAAGCAAUGAGUAAAAUAAACAAAGCACCACGUAAUAUGAUAGUUGCAGGUAUAGGACUAGCUGUGAUUCCACUCAUUAUCCAUCCUAUUGAUCAUUUUGUUGAUGUUUUAAUGGACAAAACACUUAGACACUAUCGACCACAAUGAAAACUCUGUCAAAAUCAGUUGUUAUUAGUGUUAAACAUAGUUUAUGUAUAAAAUAAACAUUAAAAACAUAAAUUACAAUAAAUAUCAUGCUUUUUAUACUUA